AUGGCGCAGGUGUACUGCUGGGGGGACAGCUCCAGUGGACAGUUUGGACCACAGUCUGCUCUCAGUCCCGUGUCCUGGUCAGUCCGAUCUGUCAUCACAGGGGUCUGCUGCGGGGAGAGACACACUUUAUUCCUCACCAGGGAUGGAGAAGUUUUAUCCUGUGGGCACAACUCACAGGGACAACUUGGACGACAGAGUGAUAAAGAUGAAAGGACACCAGGUGUUGUGCAGGGACUGGGUGAGGUGGUGAUGGUGGCUUGUGGUCAGGAUCACUCUCUGGCUGUAUGUGCAUCAGGAUGCAUGUACUCCUGGGGACAGGAAGAAAAUGGCCAACUAGGGAUGUCACCGAAUGAAAUGUGCUACAGUCACAGACCAAGUCAGGUGCCUUUGCCUUUGCCAGUACCAGUGAUUCAGGUUGCAUGUGGAAACUCCCACUCCUUGGCUUUGACUAGAGGAGGAGACGUCUUCUCGUGGGGUUUAAACAGUCACGGACAGCUGGGUCUGGGGAAGAAGGUGUCACUGCAGUACACACCUGUCCUGGUGUGCGCUCUGAGCGGCGUACCAGUAACGCAGAUAUCAGCUGGAGCGAACCACACACUGUUCCUCACACUCUCAGGCCUGGUGUACUGCUGCGGGGCCAAUAAAGAGGGCCAACUGGGGCUCAACAGGAUUGAUGAGAAGGGUAGAUUCGGCGUGUGCAUGGUACCUGCUCUCAGACCCCUGGGUGUCUCCUUCAUAAGUUGUGGAGAGGCUCACUCUGCCGUGUUAACAAAGGAGGGCAAGGUUUUCACUUUUGGAGAGGGAACCCACGGUCAGCUUGGUCACAACUCUUCUGUUAAUGAAGUGAGACCCAGACUAGUUGAUGGUUUGGAUGGACCCGCCUCACAGGUUGCAUGUGGCAGGCGUCACACUCUGGUUUUAGGCUCCUCAGGCCAGCUGUGGGCUUUUGGCAGUGGGGUUAAAGGUCAAAUUGGUACUGGACUUUCAGAGAACAGUCUGACUCCCACUCUUGUACAACUUCCAUGGAUCACCGACAGUGCAGCAGCCGUACCCUCAGGCUUGAAAAUAGCUGCUGGGUGGAAUACGAAUUUCGCUUACCCCUCAGCUACUCAGAGCUUGGAGCGACAUCAGCUAACUGGGCGGCUUGAUGAGACGAAGCUGAAAAAAUGGCUGUCAAUGAGAGAAGGCAACACAGAGGCAAAGAGAGAAAUCGCCUCAAUGUUUCUCACAAGUUCAAGUCUUGUUGCAAGUUUCACAAAAGCAGAUGGGCUCUCAUCAGAAGCAGGUGCCUUAACUGUGGACCUUGAAGCUGCGAGCCAAGCUUUCGACCAGCUCCUGGCAAUACCAUGGAUCAAAAAAUCAGUGAACCUUACCCUCCUCAUGGACUUGCUCCUUGCUUCGAUGGAUCAGCUAAAGUCUCCAGAGAUCAUCCUGAUUCUGCUGACGUGCCCCCUUCUUCAAGAGGACUCUAACGCCAUGACGGGGGUGUUGCCUUUGGCUAUCCUCAUAGACAAAAUGGGCGAGAACACUCAGAAACUAUUAAGGAGCUUUUGGUCUUCCCUGACACCCUCCAUACUGAUGAAGCACAUCUUAGUGUUCAAAAACGCCCUCGGCUUUAUGCUGAGAAAUGGCCUCUUGGCGACUCACAACCCAGGAGUCAAAUUCCUGCUGGAAGCCCUCAAAAAACUCUACAAAGCAAACAAAGCUGGAAAGUCCUACAAAGUCCCACUGAGCACCUUUUACGUAGAGGAGAUCGGUGGAAAUGUGCCAGUGGAGGACGUAGGUCUUUGGAUCGGGUUUUCUAAAAUGGAGGACGACGACAACACACCUGCCAUCUUCUGUCGCUACCCGUUCCUGUUCAAUCUGGUUUGCAAGGUGUCGGUCUUUAACAUCUUUGCUGACAUAAUGAAGAAAACGGAGCUUUUCGAGUUCAUUCAUGACCAGGCUUUUGUGAAUCCUGACAAAUUUUUGGCCAAACCUCCACCCUCUGCUCCACCCGCUGUCUUCCAGCUGACUCUGAGACGAGCUCACCUGCUGGAAGACACCUUCAGACAGCUCAGUUCAGCAGAUCAUUGCGCCUUCAGAAGGGAGCUUUCAGUCAUAUAUACGGAUGACAGGAAGGUGUCGAAUGUCAACAAAAAGGAUUUCUUCCUCUACCUGUUUAAGAAGCUGUCCAAGUCGGACAUGUUCAUGUACAACGAGAGCAAGACUGUGGCCUGGUUCCCUGCCAGGCCAAAAGUUGAGGUGAAGCGUUAUUUCCUGUUUGGAGUCCUGUGUGGCCUGGCUCUCUACAACCACAACAUCAUCCACCUGGGCUUCCCGCUGGUUCUCUUCAAGAAGCUGUGCAGCGGCAAACCUUCACUGGAUGACCUGAAGGAGUUUGAUCCUGUAGUUGGAGAGAGUAUGCGGUGCAUAUUAGAGGACUACACUCCGGAUAAGCUUGCCGAGAUGGAGGCUCCUUUCGCUGUGCAUUGGGCCGGUGAAGAAGUCGAGCUUGAUCCAAAAGAACCUGGAAAACUGGUCACAGAUUCAAACAAGAAAGAGUUUGUAGCGUCCUUUGUCAACUAUGCCUUCAACAAAUCGGUGGAGCGAGUGUUUGAAGAGUUCAAGAGAGGGUUCUUCAAGGUGUGCGACAUGGACGUGGUGGAUUUCUUCCAGCCAGAGGAGCUGCAAGCAGUGAUGGUGGGACAAGAAAACUACGACUGGGAAGUGUUCAAACAGAACACAGUUUACGAAGGAGAGUACCACGCUGCACACUCCAACAUCCUGACCUUCUGGGAGGUGUUCGACAAACUGACACCAGACGAAAAGAAGAAAUUCCUUCUGUUCCUCACAGGUUCUGAACGUGUCCCUUUCCUCGGGAUGGAGAGCAUCAAGAUGAGAGUCGCCGCGUUGCCCGAAUCGACUGAAAUCCAUUUCCCAGAAUCCCUCACCUGCCAUUGCCUUUUAUUACUGCCCAUCUACAAGAGCUACCCAGUGGAGAGAACGAUGCAUGAGAGGCUUCUUCACGCUAUUCAUCACAACCGAGGCUUCUCCAAGAAACGAGACGUUACAGGCUGAGGAUGUUAAAAACAGUCCGUCUUAUAUUCUGUUGGUUUUGGACUAUUUAUCUCGAC